UCACACACGCCACCGCGUCACUUGGCGGGCGGAUAUUAGUCUGUCCUCAUCUCAGACUCUCUGCUCAUCUCAAUCAGUGCCUGCUUGGUCUUCCUGGUUCGGAUAGCGCAGCCCCACACAGAGCCAGCCAUGCAAGCGACUCGGACACCCACUAUCAGUGUGUUCGCCGACUGCAGCAUCCCAGCCGGGCUUCGGAUAGGACCGGUCCCGGGCAUCUUCAAACUAGGGAAGUAUGUUUCGGACCGUAAGGAACUUGGAGUGAAAAAGAAGAUUCGUUUGGUGAGGGGAGAAUUCGUGGAUGAGUCUGGCAGUGCGGUUCCAGAUUGGAUCGGUUUAAUACGCGCGGCCAGGAACAGCCAAGAACAGAACCUCGAGGCAGUCUCGGAUUUACCUGGAGGACAGAUAUUCUACCGUGUGCUGAGAGAAAUACAGGCUGGAGAAGAGUUGAGUGUCUGGUAUUCCAACGCACUGGCGCAAUGGUUUGACAUUCCUACGACUGCAACUCCAACACAUGACGAAAAAGGCGAGGAGCGCUACAUUUGCUGGUACUGCUGGAGAAUAUUCAAAUACCCGAACACCCUGAAAGCUCACGUGCAUUUCCACUGUGCGUUAAGCAACGGCAGAAGUUUGGUGAACAACGAGCAAGCUAGAGGCACAGACAACUUUAACAGAUCUCCAAAAUCAGGGGACAUCCCAAAUACGUCCUCCUCUCCACGGAACGGCCACAGCACCUUUAUGCCAGACGCGGUGAAACGGGUCCUGUCCACCUCACCGUUCGCCAAUAAAGCGGGACUAACGAAAAAACCGAGUGCAGAAGAGCAGGACAGAGCCCUUGACAUGAGCGUGACCUCCGCCAGAAACCCCGGACACAUCCUGGGCCUCGGCGGGACAUCUUCUGUGCUCAACAGCAUGGGUUUCCAUCCAGGCGUGCGCUCUGCUUUCAAACCAAUGGGACUUUCGAAGAUCUCCGCGGCUGAGGUCGCGAGAGACGAGCCUAAUGGGAAACCAAACAGUAUCGGGUUUAGCAAACUACUAGGGAACAUCAAGUCACCUCUACCUAACGUUCAUCCCUCAAAAUGCGUGCACCCCAUGGACAGCACACCUCCCGUGAUUCCCUGCGCAAACAGCAUCCGUGGCUUUCCUCUGCUGCCACAUUUUGAGGAGACCUCUGCUUUCAAACACGUUGACAGCCGCAUGCACCCAACCCUGUCCCCCUCGCGUUACUCCCAGCUACCGGCCGGGUUUCACUUCGAGAGGUUCUCCUUGCCACAGUUUGAUGGGGGGAAAUCCUACAAUGGGGACUGCAAUAUACCCCUCAUGCCAUUCACGGUUUACAAUGGAGAGCUCCUUUAUAGCUCCCCAUACUACCCUCUUAAAUUUCACUUCGGCAACCUGCUUAAAUACCCAGACUACUUUGGCGCACCAUCUCUGAAUCCAGAUCUAAACGCGAUUACGAACAUCGACAGGGAGAUAGCGAUGCACACGCAACAGCUGUCUGAAAUCGCCGUAGAGAAGAACCGUUCACGGCUGGAGUCUCUGCCCGCAUCUAACCCCAACUCGGGCAAGCCAAAAAAGGGACAUUUGUGUCUAUACUGUGGCAAAUUGUACUCUCGAAAAUACGGGCUGAAGAUUCACAUGAGGACUCAUACAGGCUACAAACCACUCAAAUGUAAAGUGUGUUUUAGGCCCUUUGGCGAUCCCAGCAAUCUCAACAAACACAUCAGACUGCACGCGGAGGGAAAUACGCCCUACAGGUGCGAGUUCUGCGGGAAAGUGCUCGUGCGCAGGCGAGAUUUGGAGAGGCACGUCAAAUCGAGGCAUCCAGGUCAAAGCAUCAAAAAAUCCGACGACAAAAUCGAAGGCAUCUUCGAGGAUGGCGAACAAAAAAGCGACAACGACAGCGACGUCGACGUUUGCUUCACAGAUGACCAGAGCGACCAGGAAUCGAGUAAACACAAUGAUUAA